GAUCCCCCGGUUCGCGCUAUAUCUUCAUGCCCGGUGCGGACUACUAAACCUACCUGAAGGUCACAAGUUGUUGUGUGACUUUAGAAAAUAUGUUGCAUCCUACUAAAUGAACGCUCAUUUUAUACUAUACUAGCUGGUGUGCGGCAGCCCUGAUCUCACCCGCAUGAACCUCGCGUCAUUUGGAGACACCUGGCAGGCAUUCAUGUUGCUGAAAUCAAUUUCCCGGCAACAUGCGCCGAUCGAAUCGUUCUCGCUCUAGAAGGAGCGGUCCCUCCCGCGGGCGCCAGUCACGGCAACAUGACGGGUCAAACGAUGAUGAGAUCCCUCAAGUAUACCGGGAGAUGCUGGCAGAGGCUGAAGCUCGGGAUCCUCAGGCGCAAAUAGAAGAACGACCAAUUAAGAGGCGCAAGGUGCAAGAGCAACCAACUAUAGCAAGUGCCUCACAGGUUACAAACCAAACAGCACAGUCUCAAAAUAGUGCCGACCAACAAUAUGGCCGACAGGUGCAGACGGUGUAUGAUUCUACCACAUCUGAUGAAUCAGAUAUGGAGUGGGAAGAAGUUGAUCUUCAACAAGCUCCUACUGUUCCAGCCGGUACAACUCCCGCUGCUGAAGACAGCGGGCCCAUGGAGAUAACACUGGGCAAGCUCGAGGACCAAAAGCGAAGAGUAGCACCAAGGCGAAAGCCUAUCACUGCGGCCGAGAGAAACUUGAGACUGGACAUCCAUAAAGUCCAUUUGCUCUGUCUUAUGCGCCAUAUUCAAAUACGUAACUUGUGGUGCAACGAUGAAGAGGUCCAGAAAGCUCUUAAACGAAUGUUGUCGAGAAAUAUUAUCUCUUUAUUGAACCCCCCAGAAGAUAAGCCGCAGAGCACAAGGUCCACAACAUUCAUAGAUGGGUUGAAUCAAGCUAGUGAUGCUUUUCUUAAGAGAUUCAGAGUGACCUAUCCGGGAUUAAGGCGUGCUCACUGGGCCGAAGACCCAGACUCCUUGAAGAAGCGAGUGGAGCAAAUAAUGGUGGACCCGGAAGUUAUAUUGUCAAAGGAGGACUUUCAGAAGCAAGCCAAGACAUUGCAGGGGUCCCGCGAUUUCGGUGCCCAACUCUUUUGUGCCUUGCUACGUUCCGCCGCUGUUGAGGCAAGAUUAGUCUGCUCGUUGCAACCGUUGCCAUUCUCCGGUACAACGAAAAAUAUGACCCCAGCAAAGCCUAAACCGCAAUAUAUUGUCAUCUCAUCAGACAAUCCCGAUACAUCCACCGACGAACAAACAAGAUCUCAGGGCUCUCCAAUUCCACAAUCUAGAACACGAAGACUUGGUCGCCCACAGUUCAAACCAUCUCGCCCCUCAAAGCCGACUGCUACUAGUCCCCGACCAACCACCCAUCGAGAAUCAUCAUAUCCUGUUUUCUGGGUCGAAGCAUUUAACGAAGCGGUUCAAAAAUGGAUUCCCGUCGAUCCCCUGGUGACAAAGUCCCUUGCAAAGUCCUUCAAGUUUGAGCCUCCAUCAAGCGAUCCGUAUAACUGUAUGAGCUACGUGGUUGCCUUCGAGGAAGACGCUUCAGCGCGAGAUGUCACUCGCCGUUAUGCGAAAGCAUUCAAUGCCAAAACGCGCAAACUCCGAGUCGAAUCCACGAAGAACGGCGAGAGAUGGUGGCAGAGAGUGUUGGACUUCUACGAGAAACCGUUCCUUGAAGACCGCGAUGAAAUCGAAAUCAGCGAACUGACGGCCAAAACAGCCGCUGAGCCUAUGCCCCGGAAUGUGUUGGAUUUCAAAGAUCACCCAAUCUAUGCUCUGGAGCGACAUUUACGUCGCAACGAAGUUGUAUUUCCCAAACGUGCUAUUGGCCAAGUUAGUUUGGGCAAAUCAGGCUCGAAGCAAGAAAAGCUGGAGCCUGUCUAUCGACGUUCUGAUGUUCAUUCUCUCCGCAGUGCGGAUAAAUGGUACCGUUUAGGACGAGAUAUUAAAGUAGGGCAGCAACCUAUGAAACGCGUCCCGGCCAGCAGAGCUGCCUUUAUUGAUGAUGAAGACUCUGAAACAGCCAUGGAAACCCCCCUAUAUUCCCUGUCUCAAACGGAGCUAUACAAGCCACCACCAGUCGUCCAGGGCAAAAUACCAAAGAAUGUUUAUGGGAACCUAGAUGUAUACGUGCCGACAAUGGUGCCGCCAGGGGGAGCUCAUGUCGUUCAUUCCGACGCCGCGCGGGCUGCCAAAAUUCUCGGCAUUGACUACGCAGAUGCCGUUACAGGUUUUGAUUUCAAAGGUCGCCACGGCACUGCCGUAUUCCAAGGGGUCGUUAUCGCCAUCGAAUAUCAUGAAGCACUCGAGGAAGUUAUUCGAGCACUGGAGAAUGAGAAGGAGCAGGCUCUAUUGGAGGAGAAGUCUGCCGAAUCUCUCCGACUUUGGAAACACUUCCUGCUCAAGUUGCGCAUUUCGGAAAGAGUCAAGGGAUAUGCCAUCGAAGGAGAAGAAGCCGAUAAUGAAGGAAGCGAUAGUAUGAAUGGUGGUGAUCACUUUGGGGACGCGGAAGAUUACGGAGGCGGUUUCAUACCGGAGCCAGAUCAAGCAGAUGCGUCUCCUCAUGCUGGGACAAACAUUGGGAAAUAUGCUACACAAGUCCAAACAGCAGAGCAUGUUUCGGGGUACCCAUCAGAUGCCGACGACACAGCUGGUGGAGGAUUUAUGCCCGAAGAAGAUGACAGCACUACAGUCCCUCUGCCCCAACCAGAUAUAAAGCCCAAUUAUACAGAUCGGAAUACAGCAGACCGCUCGCGCUACACUCUUGUUGUUAUGCCGAAUGAUGACAUCGAGAAAGGAAGCGAUCUGAGCGUUGCUGAAAAUAAAUUUGGUUCGGCAACCAACGUAUCCCAAUCCAAACUCAACACAGAGGCAGGCCCUUCGGAGAAUGUUCAAGCCAACCAAGGCUCUUUGGAGGCACCGAUCACGGUCGAAUCAUCUACCGGAGCAGAUUCCAAAUCUGCCAGUGUGGAAAUCCUAUCACGAGCGCCCUCACAGCCGGAGUCACGAAUCCCAUCUCUGGAACCUCCGGAAAGUGAAGCAGGGAGUAACGAUGAAGGGUCGUUGCUAUCUGAGGAUCCUGAAGAUGAAGAUGCUAUCCCCGAGUGGCUAAUGUCAGAUUAGCCUUUGGGCCUGUGUGAUAGAGUUUUUGUGUAUAUUUAAUUUUUUCCAGGGGAUAAGUUGGUCAAACAAACAAAAUAGAAGCAUCA